GUACAUAAAACGCAUCGGCUCUAAUUUUGUUCAUAUUUUUUCUGCACGUUAACUAUCUGCAUUGUAAAACUAUCUUUUGAUCAGUUAGACAGUUCAUACCAUCUAAUUAUAAGUACUAAAAUAAUUCAUUAACUCGGCGUCCAAAAAACAUCACCAAACGAAUACACCUGCGGGUUUGACACUCCUUCACCGAAAGUCUUCUGUUCAGAAGACGAAGUGUAGUAUGACCUCUCUGACAGUCUCUGGGUGGAACGGCACUGAUGAAAAAACCUCUCUUUGCUGGAACAGCGCCGAUCUUAUCAAUUACUCGUGUUUCAAUGGACAAGUCUGCUGCGAUGAAUCUAAAUGCUGUCCCGACUCAAAUUCCGCUAUGGAGAAAAUCACCGAAUUCAUCGAUAUAAAUUUUUGGAUCCUGGUGGGAAUACUUGGCACCCUUGUGAUUGUUUUGACUGCAGCCAUCAUCUCAAUCGUCAUCUACAUCCAAAAGUGCAUGAAACCCGCUCAAAAAUCUCAACAAAGGCACAGUUCUCAUCAAAAUCAGAAUACUCAUCCACAGCCAAGAAAUGUUCAUUUGGGCCAGGAGUUUAGUUUAUACAACCAGAGAAGCUGCAAUCCUCCGAGUCAACCAUUGCCAUUUCAACAAGAAGGAACUCCUAUUAAUCAGUUAAGAUCCAGUAACUUCCGACCAGGUAACGUGUCCAGUUCUCAGAUAUUGCAGACGAUGGGAUUUUCCAAACAAGAUCUGCGAGCCGAUUUGAAAACUGAAAAUGGUCAAGCAGAUCCCAGAAGUACCGAAGUGACAAUUGAAGCCGAUCUCUCCAACCAGAGUUUUGAAAACAGAAACAGUACUGCUUGAUUCCUUGUUUUGAAUUAAACUUUU